AUGAGUUUUAUUGCGAAGAGAUUCCUGAGGGUUGUGCUAGCUUUGAGGUGAAAAGCCCAGCACUAUUUAUGCUGAUUAUUGGUCUGGUUCGGGGCUGCAGAUUUUUGCAUUUUUUGCCAACAGCACCUAGGCCCAGGUUGGGUGCUCGAUAGAAGUAUGGCUACUUACCUGCUUAGACUGAGGGGUCUGCCUUGGCAAAAUCCUUAUAUGGGCAUAUGGAUAGGGAAAUCUUCCCCAGAAAAACAGAAUUUUGGUCUGAUCAUGCUAAGGUAG